AUGUCAUCGAUUUUGGCCUGGGCCUCGCGCCGCGUCGGCGGCCUGGCCAUGCUGGGCUUGUUGGGUCUGAGUUACUGGGUUAUCUCAAAGGAAUCAGCUGCUUCUGCACACAACUAUUUGCACGAGGAUACCCUUAGCUCUUCGACUUCGACUACCAAGGGCGCUGGCAUUUGGACCGAAAUUUACGCCUACUACUGCUUGUUUAUCCACAUCCUCGUCUUCGCUUUCCCUCUCAGAUGCUGCUGGGCUGUCUUUGACAUGACCCGUCAGCUGAAGAAGAUUGCUCGCAACAGGACCCUCAGAGAUUACAGGCUCUCCCACCGUCGCCGAGGUUCCUCAACCUCCUUGUCCAGCUCGGAGACCCUCACGUCCUCCCACGGUGGUUCUGCUUCCAGCAGCGAAGCUGGCGACAUGGAGCCCGAACUCUACACCGACGGUGAUGCUGAACCCGAUCGCGUCAUCCAUGCUAUUAUCGUUCCCAACUACAAGGAGGAGAUGGACACCCUAAAGGAGACUCUCGAGGUGCUGGCUUCGCACCCUCAAGCUCGCAGCUGCUACGACGUCUACUUGGGAAUGGAACAACGCGAGCCCAACGUCGAGCUCAAGGCCAUGACCCUCAUCCAGGAGUUCGUCAAGAAGUUCCGCAGCAUCGAUUACACCAUCCAUCCGUCCGACAUCUCAGGUGAAUCCGCUGGCAAGGGAAGCAACGUGGCAUGGGCUGCCCGCAAAUUGAGCCAAAAAUAUUCAAUGACCACCCGCAAGGAUGUGAUCAUUACGGGUCUCGACGCAAAGACCACCAUGUACGCGGCUCCAAUCAUCUUCGACCGUAACGCCCACAGUGUUCCCGCCAUUGUCCGUGUUGCCGACAUCCUUUGGGGUGCUGGUGGCAUGUCUGGACUCUACUCCGGAUCUACGAUUGCGCCUCCCACCUCCGUCUACUCCGUGCCCUUGGAACUUGUUGACCGCGUCGGAGGCUGGGACUGCGACAACGAAGCCAUCGGAGAAGAUUUGCACAUGUACCUCAAGUGCUUCUUCGCGCUCAACGGCAACUUGACCGUCAGGACCGUCGUCAGCCCCGUCAGUCAGAGCAACGUCUGUGGCGAUGGCUCCAAGGGUCUCCGCGGUAUUUACUCGGACAUGCAGGCUCGUUACAAGCAGGCAAUGAGGCAUAUGUGGGGUGCCCUUGACUCCGGAUAUGCGCUCAGAAAGGUCGUCGAACUCUGGCAGGAAAGGAAGCACACCUCUCGCGCUUUCCGCCCGCUUCACAACUCCAUGGGCGACGCCUCCGAUGUGUACGUCCCCGAGACGCAGCUGGACCAACAGGAUCCCGAACAGCCCAGAGAGAGCGGUGUUUUCUCCGACGUCACCCACGACACGCUGCAGUCUCCUAAUUGGGAACGCAUCGUCUACCUGUUCCACCGUCUCUUCGAGGCGCACUUCCUCCCUCUUCAGAUGACCAUCUUCGUUAUUUCCUCCACUUUGUACGUGUGGGUCACGGAAGGCAACAAGGAAGUGGCGCACCUUAGCUGGAUCUUCGACGUUUGCAACAUUCUGCGCACUUUCGGUUUUAUGGAAAUUGCGCUCUACCUCUUCUUGUAUGAGAGCUUCCAUCGCAUCUGCGUCAAGUCCCGCCAACGUGAGAUGACCGAGGCUGGUCUGUCUGAGGGCAUGAACUUCUCUUACCGCAACGUCAAGAAGAACUUCAUUGACUACGCCAUGGUUCCGCUCGUCGCCCCUCUCUACGGCGCCAUUCCUUGCGCCCAGGCGCAGCUGUGCCAUUUCUGGACGCUAGACUUGGUCUACUCCGUCAGCAAAAAGGUCACCCGGCAAAGAGCGAAAUCCCUCACGGCAGCCGAAAUCGCGUAA